UUCCUUUUAUACAAAUCUAUUAAAAAUUCCCUAGUGAAAAAUUCCUUUAAGAACAUACUGUAAAACUCCCUAAAAACUUGUUGCAAAAAAUAAAUUAAUAAACAAAAUAAUCAAAGUCCCUAUAACUUUCUUCCCCAUCCAUAUAAAAAAAAAUGUAUUAAUGUAGUGAGAAAAACUCCCUUGAAAAAUUCCCUACAAACCCAGCAUGAAAAACUCCCUAGUUCUGAAUUCCCUUGUCCGAGUAUAGUCUUCUUAAUACAGUCUGUGAAUAUUCAUAAACAGGAUAACUGGAGAUGACGAGAGAGAAAAGAAGGGAUCUGUGAGUACCUUCGGAGACCCUCACCAAAACCACAUUGCAGGUUUUAUACAUAGAAAGAUAAGCUUGAAAUAGCUGCCAGGAAGACCAACUACCAUUGGGAUUUUACCAAAGAGGUACAUCAGAGGACCUCUUCAUUAUCUGUUAUGAAGUUAAGCUCAUGAUGCAACAGGAUGUCAGAAGUGUGUGCAGAGUUCUCACAAAAUGCCUGGCGUAAAGAUCUGUGUGCAAACUGCUUACGUCCCCGGUCUGAGCACAUCAAACCCCCCUGUAACCAUCUCAAACCCCGAAGGAAUUCUGCUGGCAGAGGUUCCCCACCUGUUCCUGCAAAACGGAACUCAUCCCUAAUAAAAAGCAACUUAUCAGUUGGACCGAGAGUUUCAUCGAUUGUUGAUAAAAAUGCUAACGACCAACAGAAUCUUAAUGAAAACAUUAAGCUGCUUAGUAUCAAACCUUUAGUAGUUGAUGAUAAUGUUUCUAAAAGAAUUGCAACCCAUUCUUCAGAUGAAAACCCACUGAGUUGUGAGCAGUCGGGAAGCAAAGAUAAUUCUAUCAAUACCAAAGCUGACCUGACAAAGUCAGAGAUUCCAUUGAAAGGAGCUUUAAAGUUAACUCGAAAUAAAGAUGAAAAUAGGGCUUUUAGAGUUAUAUUUUCUGAAUCAGAACCUGAAAUUAUUGGCCACGACGGUGGUUCCGAUUAUUUAUACCCAGAUGAUGAUGAUGAUGUACCCGAAGAGGCGGAGAUUACACCACCUGGGAGUAUUCAACUGACUGAGGAAGAAAAGCAGUUUGCUCUCUUGGCUUUAGAAAAUACUCUGUGGAAUUCAGAUACUCAUAAUUUGAGAGUUGAGACUCCCCUGGAGGGUCGUCUGAAGAGAGUUCCAAGUAAAGAAUUUGAAGACGUUGAAUUAGAAUUCCUAUGGAAAGCUGAUCGUUUUCAGGGUCUAAGAGAUUGUGACCUGCUACCAAAGAAGUUUGGAACUUUCCCUAGACGAAACAAGUCUCCUAAAGCUCAACUGUCUUCCCGACCCUCUUUAGAAUUUAGUCACGGAAUUAAAACCUCACCUUUAAAAUCAUCAAAGAAUUUUGACAAUGAAACUAUUCAAGAUGCUGACGAAGAUUUGACAUUUCGUCUAAGAUCUGCUUCUGAGAAUUCAACAUUGUAUCAAAGUAGGAAUAUGCAAAAUAAUGCUUCAAAAAAUAUCAUGGAUCAAAAAACAAGUAAAGAUACUGAUAAUAUUGAACAGGUGAGUUCUUCCCCUUAUCGGGUUGUUGAGUCGCUUCCUAAACCUGCUCCCAAACCGGCAUCUCUGAAGAAAGGUGUUAGCGAUCCUGUAGAGAAACCAAUUCCCAGUGCUCGACACAAAGAUGACAGACAGUCAAACCAGUCUGUAAUGUCUAUGAUGUCUCGCUCUGUAGAAGGGAGAUUAGAGGAUUGCUUUGAGAAAACCGACAUUGGAGAUUCUGACACUUUGAGACGACAUGGUUUGAAGCCGCCGGCUCCAGUUAAGCGGCAGCACCUUACCAAAGAAGGGACUAUCGGUAGACGAGAUGAAAUGUCCUCAAGUUUUGCUGGGACCACGUUUGACAGAAAAUAUGACAGGGAUGAUUUCACAAUGCUGAGAGUAGAAGGAGAUGCUUAUGAAGCGAGAUAUUCUAAGGCAAAAUCAGUUGAUUUUGAAGCUAAAAUGGCUUCUGUUGCUGCCACUUUGGAUUUUACAAAAACUAAAGGGAAGCGCCAGGCACCCCAACCACCUGUAUCACCAGUGGCUGGUGUUUCUGCUUCUCCCUCUAAAUCAAGUACUAAAUCUUCUGAUGGAAGUUGCAAGAAAGGGCCAAGCUUAGAUCAAUGUCGAAGAUCUGCUGUUGGAGAAGAUGUUGAAUCUAUGGAAAGUAUGGAUGGCUAUAAAGGAAAAAAGAAUGAAAAUAGCAUGAAGAAAGGGUUUGCCAGUAUGUUUCGAAGUUUUCUUCGUCGUGGACGGGAUUCUUCUUCUGAAAGUAGCACGGAACAAAGCUUUGAUAAUAACACAGCAGUGAAGCCAAACGACACGAGUAAGGAUCUACCUUCAAUCAUGUAUGAUAAUAAAUCAGAAUUUCUAAGUCCUGAUAAUGGCAAUGCAGAUGAAACAUCUGGGGGCCAGUUCCGAGUGCGUGUCUUCCCAUCUCCAACUAAAAGUACUGUAAGUGUUUCUUCAACUACAAGCAGUACUAGCAACGAAACUCUGGACAGCCGGCCUCCAUCUGAAAUGAUUAGCUCUUCAGAUGUACGAAAUGAAAGCCAGGACAGACCAAGAGAAUCUACAGAGGAGAUUGAUGAGAGCAGCCCUUCGUCACGAAAGUCAACGUUGUCCCGAGAAUCCGUACAUCAAUCAAAUUCUAUGUCAAACAGUUCAAACUUAUCUGAAAAUACAGAAGACAUUGUUGUUGUAAAGCGAAGGGUGAAAAGCCCGAAAAAGAUGCCAGCUCCAAGUGCACCAAGGUGUGCAGCUACUAGUGAGAAAAAUGCAUUAUUUGCCAAAGAACUCGAGCUACGGCUUAGUAAAGCUGUGGACAAUAAAACUGGUACCUUGAAGAAAACCCCUGCCCCACAGCCCCCUAUGCCCCCACCCCCUUUGGUCGAAGACGAUGCUAACAAUACUGAAGCUCCUGCUUUUGGUGCUGCUCCCUCUUCAGAUAGCAAUCGACAAGAUGCAGUUACUGAUCCGAGACCAAUUGAAAAAAUUGAGUUACCAAAAGCUGCUCAAAGUAGGCGAAGUUUUUUGGGGAAAUUCGCUGGAAAUCGACGUUCCCGUCCUCCACCGCCUCCAGUAAAGCGUGCAAAAUCGAUUACAGAGGCUUCAUUACCUCUCCAUGACCUGCAUAUGAAGAAGAUUGAUUUAUCUGACAUAUCUGGACCGGUGGAUGCCAGAGUUCAGAAAACCCAGAGAAUGAGACAUUUACAUCGUAUGCAGAUUAAUGCAGUGGCAGCAGACUUCAAUAACCGAAGAAAAGUUCUGAAUUACUCUUACAAAGACUCAUUACUUGCUGAGAUGUCACCAAGUGGCACAGUAAGUCGACGUAACACUGUCACACUUGGUGAUGACAGUGCAUUUGGAUCAGGUGGUUCAACCUCUUCUGGAUCAGGUGGAGACAAAAACUUUGAUGAUCCCAACAUCUCGCCUUUAGGAUCUGUAGAAAACUUGUACGAGCCAAUCACACCAAAAUAUCCCGGACAACGAGAUAAUUAUUAUUAUCCUGUGGAUCCGUCACGUUCGAACUCUGCAUCUCGAACUUCAUCCAAUGGCAGUAGUAACUUCCCUACAGAAGGCUACCUGGAACCGAUAACCAGCAUGCGUCCCCCCAGUGUCGUAACUACAGCUCCUGCCAUUACAGCUGCAGUUGUUGCUGUAGGGACAGCCCCACCUGCAGCUGCAACUUUUAGCUCAGUCCCCAGUGAAACGACUGUCAAAAUUCCAACAAUGCAUAUUGAACCAGUGAGGACUUCACUUACAGAAUCUUCAGCUGAAUCAUCCCCGCAGUUAUCAGCUGAAUUACCUCCGAAUCAGAUCCAGGAAUCUCAACAACCAGAGAUUCCUGAAGAGGAGGAAAGACAGAUUAUCUUAGCAUCACAACCUAUUUAUGAAGAGAUUAAUGGAUACAGCAAAAAUAAUGCUGAUGAAGGUGGACCUCCACCUUUGCCCAAGGACAACAGAAUCCCCCGCUCAACUGUUGGGGAGGCAAAAACGCCAAUACAAUCACGCUCAUCAGAAGACCUGCUAGAACACUGUACACAGACACCACAGCCUCCGUUGGCGCCUCUUCCUCAACCAACAAUGGGCACUUUAACUCGACCCAAGCCAGCUCCGAGACGUAAACCUAAGCGACCACAUGGUGCCCCCCCAGAACAGUAUGUAGCAAUGAAUAGGCCUGCUACAGUGACAAUAAGUCUAGGUGCAGAUGAUGUGAAGGAGAUGUACAGCAAACUGACCAACAUGAACCAAGAUACUCUGCAACACAUUCACAAUUAUUUUGAAAGCAUCUUCUCUCGAGGUUUAGACCGAACCCUGGGUUUCUUGAAAUGGUCAGACUUCGAGUUAAUUAGUAAACAGCCUGUACAUACAUCAGAAGAUUGUAUUGUAUAUGGUGCAAAAUUGUUACAGGACAAAGCAUCUUGCCAUCUUGUUCUGACCCACGGCAAUAACGUCUGUGAUUCGUACGUACCACACCCUGCUUUCAUGAGACUUCAGAACCUUUCUGCCAAUGACAUUCCUGCAUCAUUCCUUCCAUCAAUGACUGACAACACUGACCAGUGUUCAGUUUUUCCGAUAGGAUCUUCAUCUUCAUCCACAGCAGUCAUCCCGAGUCCUCAUUGGCACCUAGCUGUUGGUCAGUACUCAUCAAUGGUCACCUGGCACGACUACAUCACUGACCUUAAAGACACCAUGCUGCACAACCCAGACAGCUUUGUCCAGAUUUUGUCUUUCCUUUUCCUGCAAGUCGUCAGUGGGAUUCUGCAUCAUCUCGAUCGGGGAUCCCCGCAGCUUCACUUCCGACCAGUUAGAAUAUUCCUUCUAUCUCAGAAGAACUUCAGUGGAAAACGUGUGUGUUUGCUCCCUUCUUUCAAAGCUGAUAAUAAACUACCAUCAGAUAUGAAUGAUUUCUGUGCCAAACUCUUGCAUAAUCUCUUUGACAAGUAUCUCUUUGAUGAUGAGAAGCUUUUAGAAUGUUCCAAGGGUUUGUAUCGAGGACUUGAGCUGCUCCAAUCAGACAAGCCAGAUUGCCUAGCUAUCGUCAGGGGUAUGCUGGAGCUUGUCAUUUGGGGACCUUACCCAAGUGAGCUUGCAGGGAGCACUUUCACUAGUCAGGAACAAGCUUAUGACUUUUGGCUGGACAAGGAGAGAGCAAUGAUGGUCAACCGGUUCGCUCGGUGCUCUCUUGAUCCGAGUGGAAGCUUUUCAAUAGAGGACUUUUAUAAAUUAAGAUUCUUGUUAAACUCAACUGGAACAACACUUGUCGAGAAUUCACAAUAUAUCAGUUAGCCUAAAGUACAUGUUUUUAUUUUGUUGUUUUUUUUUCUGUUUGAAAAUAAAAAAAAAAUAUUUAAAAAAUUAAAAAAAAACCCUGAAAAGACAUAUCAGACAUUAUCAAAUGUAUUUGUUCUUAUUUUGGAUUGUAUAGCCCCAUUUUACUCCUUUCUGUUGACCCCUCUUCUGUUAUAAGGUAUAUAUUAAAAAAUACAAAAAAACAUCAAAAAAGAAACAAAGAAAAAA